AUGUCUCGAUACAACAAUAAUCGCGGCGGCUUUGGUAUGAAUAAUUUUCAGCAGCGCAGAGGGGGCGGUGGGCCCGGCGGUCCGAUGCGGGGUGGGCUAAUGGGAAACCCACAUUUCAGGAACCAUCCUUUCCAGAAUCAGAACCAAAACAGAAGGGGAGCAAAUAAUAACUUCAACAGAUCGCCUAAUCAGGGACCACAGACUCCCCAGAAGCCACAGUCCCUGCCUAUUAUGCCUCCACCGAGUCCUGGGCCGGCUCUCACCAUGAAAGGCCCAAUGCAGCAGCAGCAGCAGCAGAAACCGGCAACGGCACCGGCACCGGCCCCGGCCCAGCAGACACCGACAACCCCUGCGCCUCAGCCGAAGAUUCAGUCACCACCCCCGAAACCUAACAUGACCUCCCCUCCACCCAACGUUAAACUGGAACCCAAGAACCAGCAGCUGGCGUCCCCGGUAGCAAAUGCUAACGGACAGCAGCAGAAGCAACAGCAGCAGCAGCAGCAGCCUCCACAACAGAGCCCGAAGUCUGGUCCCCAACAAGGCCCGAAGUCUGGUCCCCAACAAGGCCCGAAGUCUGGUCCCCAACAAGGCCCGAAGUCUGGUCCCCAACAAGGCCCCAAAGCUGGUCCCCAACAAGGUCCAAAGUCUGGCCCCCAUCAAGGCCAGUCUUCUGGUCCUUAUCAAGGCCAGAAAUCAGGCCCUUAUCAAGGCCACAAGACAGGCCCAUAUCAAGGCCAGAACUCGGGGCCAUCGGCGAUAAAGCCCAGACAUGAGCCAGAGAAAAUGGCCACAGGCAACGAUGCAGCCGAGUCAGAUGCGAGCCAGUCAAAGGCGUUCAGGGCAACGCUCUCCAUGCUGCUGAAACCCGGUGAGAAGACGUACACACAGCGGUGUCGUCUGUUCAUUGGAAACCUGCCCAACGACAUCACAGAGGAGGAUUUCAAGAGGCUGUUCGCAAAAUACGGAGAGCCUAGCGAGGUCUUUAUCAACAAAAGCAAAGGCUUUGGUUUCAUCCGAUUGGAGUCCCGUGCACUUGCAGAGAUAGCAAAGGCAGAGUUGGAUGACACGCCAAUGAAAAACAGACCCUUGCGUGUCCGAUUUGCCACACACUCCGCAGCUUUGUCUGUGAAAAAUCUGUCACCGUUUGUUUCCAACGAGCUCCUGGAAGAAGCUUUCUCACAGUUUGGAAUGGUUGAGAGAGCCAUUGUCAUUGUAGAUGACCGCGGGCGUGCCACAGGCAAGGGUAUUGUAGAGUUUGCCUCCAAACCGGCAGCCAGAAAAGCCCUUGAUCGGUGCAACGAGGGUGUUUUCCUGCUUACCACGUCACCCCGGCCUAUUGUUGUCGAGCCUCUGGAGCAGUUUGAUGAUGAGGAUGGUCUUCCAGAAAAAUUGGCACAGAAGAACCCCAGAUAUCAAGCAGAGCGUGAGGAACCUCCUCGUUUUGCUCGUCCCGGCACUUUCGAAUAUGAGUACUCCAAGCGCUGGAAGUCCCUGGAUGACAUGGAGAAACAGCAGAGGCAGCAGGUGGAGAAGAACAUGCGCGAGGCCCGUGAGAAGCUGGAGAGCGAGAUGGAGGAUGCGUACCACGAGCACCAGGCCAACCUGCUCAGACAAGAUUUGUUGAGGCGACAGGAGGAACUGCGGCGCAUGGAGGAAUUGCACAGUAAGGAGAUGCAAAAGAGGAAGGAGAUGCAGAUCAGACAAGAAGAGGAGCGCCGCCGGCGGGAAGAGGAGAUGAUUCGCAAUAGGGAAAUGGAAGAACAGAUGCGCCGCAAACGUGAUGAGAACUACAGGAUGGGCAACUUCAUGGAUAGGGACAGGGAAAUGAGAAUGAAUCCUGGUGGCGCUUUGGGCAUGGGUGAUAUGCCCUUUGGUGGUUCCAACCAGAAGUUCUCCAUGGGUGGACUGGGCUUUGAAGGACAGCAGGGAAUGGGACCAGCUUCAGCAGGCUUGAUGAGCAACGAAAUGCGCAACGAGCGCUUCGCCCAGGGUGGUCCUAGGGGAAUGGGUCCUGGUAACCCUGGGUUCGGCAGGGUCCGCGAAGAGUUUGAUGGUCCGGCUAAGAAACCCCGUUUUUAAACGCUGCUCUUUGAUGCUCCCAGCAGCACCCUUUGUAUAGAUUCUCCUCAACAAACAUGUUGAGUCGCAUUUCUUGUAUUUAAGUUUAAAUUGUUGCUACAUUUUAGCCUGACAAUUUACUCAUUUUAUGACGAAGUCAAUAUUUUCCUUUUUUAUUUUGUAUUGUCAGUAGUAUGGAAAGAUGGGACACCCUCGUGUGAUCGUUAGUUCUUUCUGACCCAUGUAUAAUUUUUUUUUUUCAGAUGUAUUAUGCUCUGUGAGUCGCCGUGAAGUGAUAACUGUAACAUUUUUCUCGACCUUCUAUGGCUAUGUUUUGUGCCAUACAUUUGGAGUCAAAGCAUGUAUUAUAAUAAAGAGACAUUGGUUCUAUCAGGACAAA